GAAAUCGUCUGAACCAAAUCAAUGUUGAUGUUCGCGGAGUUUUUGUAACAAGAGUUUUGGUUGGACGGAGAAUUUAACAACCAAUCAAAUACACCCUCCUUUACAUUUUUGGUUGCACACAUGACAGGAAGUUGAAAGAAUUGGAAAAAUGUUGGUGUUAGUUUUAGGAGAUCUACACAUUCCACACAGAUGUAAUAGUUUACCCAACAGAUUUAAGAAACUCUUGGUUCCUGGUAAAAUACAGCAUAUAUUAUGUACAGGGAACCUUUGUACUAAGGAAUCCUUUGACUACCUGAAAACUUUGGCCAGCGAUGUCCAUGUGGUCAGGGGAGACUUUGAUGAGAACCUGAAUUAUCCAGAGCAGAAAGUUGUAACAGUUGGACAGUUUAGAAUUGGUUUAUGUCAUGGCCACCAGGUGGUACCAUGGGGUGACACAGAGAGUUUAGCAAUGGUUCAGCGACAGUUAGAUGUGGACAUUCUCAUUUCUGGACAUACACACAAGUUUGAGGCAUUUGAACAUGAAAAUAAAUUCUACAUUAACCCAGGCUCUGCCACAGGAGCAUAUAAUGCUUUGGACAGCAACGUGAUUUCAUCGUUUGUGAUACUAGACAUUCAGCAGUCGACAGUUGUAGCUUAUGUAUAUAAACUGAUAAGUGAUGAUGUGAAGGUAGAAAGAAUAGAAUACAAGAAAAACUAGAAGGAUAAAAUGAAAAAUUGUAAAGAAAAUAAAUUUGUAAAAUAGUGUGAAACAAAAUAUGCUGUUGGACCAUAUUUAUUAUCGAAAAAAAUCUUGUCAUUUGUAUAUUGUAAUGUAUCACUAUGUUUCCUAUAAACAAGAAUUAAAAUGGUAAUGCACUGAAAGAAGCAUUGCUGUCAUAAAAAGUUGAAGCAUGUGGGAAUAUUUUUUAAAGAAGGAAAAAAAAAUUUAAAACAGAAGAAAUUUCAAUACUCAAGGGAGAUAACUUUUUCAUUGUCAAAUGAGGUUUAAAUUAUGAAUUAUUUUUAUUUUUUUUAAACUACUGGUAUAUAGAUUUGAUCAGACCAUGGACUAUUCUACAUAAUUGUGGAUUAUCAAAAUAGUUCAUGAUAAAAUGUGAAGACAAUGUUACUUUUGUGCUGCCUAUUUGCAGUACAUACAAAAUAGAAGUCUUAAAAUUUUUCAAAUGAACAAAAGGUUAUCAAAUGGUAAAAAUUUCCACUGAGAUUUUAUUGGUGUCAUAAUUUGUACAUUUUUCAUAUUUAUUUGUAAUGUCUGCACAUUCUGUUGUUGAUAAUAGUGCAAUAAAAUAGAUGUAAUUGUCUAAA